AUGGAGUUCCAAUCAUCAUCUAUUGACACAACAAAGCGGCUUGUGAAGGAGCUGAAUAAUUACAGGAAGCAGGGGAAUGAAGCACUCCUGUACUUAAGACCCAUCAAUGAUGAGGACCUGCUACACUGGGAAGCGGUAUUAAAGGGCCCCGAAGGAACACCGUACGAGGGUGGACUUUGGCACCUUGAUAUUGCAAUUCCCCCUAAUUAUCCUCAUGCACCACCCAAGAUCCGCUUCACGACUAAGAUUGCGCAUCCGAAUGUCGAGUUCCAGACGGGCAAGAUUUGCUUGUCGCUCUUGGAUUCAGAAUGGAGUCCGGCUGGGUCUGGGGGCCUCUCGGGCACACUCACGACUAUUCAACAGCUGUUGACGGAUCCGAAUCCGGAUUCACCGCUGAAUCCUGAUCUCGCGGUUCUUCUGCGCAAUGGGGAUUUGGUUGCUUGGGAGAGUAUUGUCCGGUACUGGACCGAAGAGGAGCGGUGGGAGGAAGGUCGGAAUGUUGGACGGUGA